GUGUUUAUCGAAAAACAGUGAUUAUCCAAUUUUAAAAUUUCCAAUGAAUGGACCAGAAAUUUGACAGCCAUUAGGUUCUUCAGCUCUUGUCAAGAAAACGUCUGCAAAAAAAUGCAUGGCUAUAACGAAUUGAUCAUUCAAAUUUUUUCCCACGUUUACUUAUCAGUUAUUUAAUUUUUUGGUGCAAUUAGCGAUUAAAAACAAUGUAAAAUUUCAUUAAUUUUAAUUCACAGGCUGUUUUUUCGUUCAAAAAAUGAAAUACUUAACAUGAUAAUUCAAUUGAGAAUCAUCGCAGGAUUACUAUACAUAGCAAUAGUAAGAAUAGAAAUCACAUUUUGUGCGAAGGAGUGCAAAGUAGAAAAUUUAAAGGCUGACUGUUCCUCAAGAGGCUUUGACGAUAUUCCACAAACCCUAGAUAUGAAUCUGAUAGAGUUGAACGCGUCCUACAAUCCCAUAGCUGAAUUGACCGCUGACACAUUCAAAAGAUACCCUAAGUUAUUAACUCUCGAUUUACGCGGCGUAGCACCAAAUGAUAAACGUCAUAACGGAACCAGCUACAAGCCCACUGUAUUUGUUCCUCUGAAGGAGCUCGUCAAUCUGGACAUUAGUGAAUCGGGAUUCCACGUAGCUUUAUACGCUACAGAAUUCAUUUGGCCCACAACGCUGCAAAUUUUGUCAGUUAAUUCGAUGAAAUAUUUUAAAUUUCUUUCGCUCAAUUUGACGAGUUUAUCUCGAUUAGAAGAACUGAACGCUAGAAGAAAUGAUUUGAGGAUUUUCCCUAGUUUGCAUCCACAAGCUCCUAUAAUUUGGAUCGAUUUCCGUGAGAAUCCGUGGGAUAAUGUUACAGCCGAAGACUUGGCACCUUAUUGUCUUCUGAAGACUUUCCUUAUAACUGUAACAGGAGACGGUAAGCUGAACCUCGCUACGGGUUCUUGUACUUGUCGACGUCUAGAAGCUUGGAUGUUGGUGAACAAAAUCCGGGGUUUUGAAUUCAAUUGCCAGCCACCUCGUUUAGCUCCCGAUGAGACGGACCCUUGUCAAGUUAAAAUAUUCAGCGAUAAAAUGUGGGAACAGCGGAAGGAAUGUUUCGAUCGACAACCGUGGUCUCCUUUUUGGAAAGGGUUAAUAAUUGUCGCACUGUUGUGUCUAAUUGUCCCUGCCAUCUGGUGUAGUAUAGAGGGCUAUAAGUAUUACAUGAGGAGAAAAGGAAAGACUGCUUCUGAUGACUCGGCUGCUGCCUCUUCAUCAGACGAUGCUGCUACAUCAUCAGAUGCGAACGAUGAACCACCGACUGAAAAUCAAGAAUCAGCAGAUUAGGAAUAUUGGAGUUUGUAUUAUUGAGAACCGUUUUUCAAACUGUAAGCUUAUCAAGUUUCAAGUCGGAGGAUUGUAAAUAUAUGUAGAGUAAAUGUGAGGAUUUAUUUAGAUAAAUCAGCUUUUAUUACAAGUAUUGAAGAAUGAUUUACAUGUAACUUUUCGAGGAAUACAUUAUACUUUGCUCAUCAUUGUGUUACUCAUAUUUUUGAAAGAAAUGAAAUAUACCUGAAUAGCAUUAUUCCAGACUUCUUGCAUAUAAAACAGGUACAUGAACUUUGUACUUCGCAUUAUUGAAAUCAUGUCGUAGGAAAUAUCACAUCGGAACAAUUCACUCGCUCUAACAAUGACUAAUGAGUCAUAUUUGACCGUUGAUUUCAUACCACUAGACAAACGCUAUCUCACAAAAUUCAUUAAAUGACGUCACUGUUCGACACGGGGAAAAAAGAAAAUCAAUAAAGAGACGAGCACGAAAAAAAAAAAAAGAUACGAUACGUUCGGUGUCAUAGUCAAAUGAUAAACUAUUGAUAUAUUUAAAAUUCCAAAUUAUGUACAUUAAACACUUAUUUUAUUUAAAUAGACUAGUUACGAUUACAGUAAUAAUUAUUCCUCCGUGAUAAUUCUCAAUCUAAUAUCACAAAUUGUACAAUACACGACACGACAUACGAACCAAAGUGUAACUUUUCCCAAUAAGGAAGCCUGCAUUAAAUCCUAGUACUCGAGUAAUCUAUCUAUAAAUAUAUAAAUAUUGUGCGUAGAAAAAAAAGGGAUUUAAAAAAAAAAGAUAAAAUAAUAUAACUCCAAAAAAAAAAAAACUUGACAAAUUUAUUACGAAACGCGUUGCUAAAAAUCAUAACCGUAUUCUACGAUAAAAUGAAGGGAAAAAAAGUAUAACGAGAAGCCUUUUUUUUUUUUUCUUCAAAAACAACCUUAUUAUAUAAAAACAUACUCGAACAACGUUAUUAUAAAUUAAUAACAUAAAUUCGUAAUUCGUAACAAAACGAAUUGAACGAAAUUACGUAAUUUUGAUAUUCUUAAAAGUAUUUAUAUCGGUUAAAAAAUAAAAAAAGCCACAUCAGCAUGCCAUUCAUUCAACUUAAGCAUACGUAUAUUAAGCAAACACAGAAUUUUAAGUAAUGAGAGAGGAGGAGCAGCGAAACUCGUAUUAUUAAUAAUGGCGUACUCACGAAUACAAAAGGUAAAAACUUUUUUUCAAUCGUGUUCCGGCGGUAAAAAUAUAUAAAUUAA